CUAAUGAAAAGAAAAAUCAAGUUAAUCCACAAAAUAACAUUGGGGAGAUAACACUUGGAUUCAUCUUUGCCGGAGCUUCGUCGCCUUCUUCUUGUGUUUCUCUUUCCCCUCUUUUGGUGACUUCAUCUAUCUCACUUUAAUUUUCUUCUCAAUUUCGAAUUUCAAACCCUAAUUUUAUCUCCACCCACACCAAAUAACUUAAAUUUGUUGGAAUUUGUUGCUCCUUCAAGAUGACGACAAUUCGUAGGUUUUGCUGCAACGACCUUCUUCGUUUUACAAAUGUCAAUCUAGACCAUCUCACUGAAACUUUUAAUAUGUCAUUCUACAUGACGUAUUUAGCGCGAUGGCCAGACUAUUUCCAUGUUGCCGAAGGCCCUGGGAACCGAAUUAUGGGUUACAUUAUGGGUAAAGUAGAGGGGCAAGGAGACUCUUGGCAUGGUCAUGUAACUGCAGUAACAGUUGCUCCAGAGUAUCGCAGGCAACAGUUAGCCAAGAAACUAAUGAAUCUUCUGGAAGACAUCAGUGACAAUAUUGACAAAGCCUACUUUGUUGAUCUAUUUGUGAGAGCAUCAAAUGCACCAGCCAUCAAGAUGUAUGAAAAGCUUGGCUAUGUGAUAUAUCGACGAGUGCUACGUUAUUAUUCUGGGGAAGAAGAUGGGUUGGAUAUGAGAAAAGCAUUAUCUCAUGAUGUCGAAAAGAAGUCCAUCAUCCCUCUUAAACGGCCUGUAACUCCUGAUGAAUUAGAGUAUGACUAAAUUUCGUUUUAUGCAGCUAUGUUGCAUGAGCUUAUUUUGUUCUUUAAACAAAUAUAUCGAUUGCGUAUUGGAGUUUUAUUUAUGUUCGACUAUGUUGAGCUUAUUUAUUCUUAAACGACCUGUUAUUCCUGAUGAAUUAGAGUGUGACUAAAUUUCAUUUUAUGCAACUGCGUUGCAUGAGCUUAUUUUGUGCCUUAAAGCAAAUAUAUUGAUUGUAAUUGGAAGUUA